GUGGAGUAAAAUGAAUUAUGUUCAGUCAUUUAAACAUUUUUAUCUGUGCUUCUUGGCUCUAUCACUAGUUCUUCCUAGAGUUUAAUUCAUCCGUAGGUAGAAGAAACAAAACAAAUGGUCCAAUUUGUUGGCCAAGGCCAGCAGGAUCACCAAGAUAAAAACAUGUUGGUCUUGAAACUGCAUCACUAGCCUUCUAUUGUGCUUUACUCAUCAAAAUUUUAAUUUCUUUUGUGAUGGAAAAAAUAAAAUAAAAUCCUUUUGUGCUGGAAUGUUUGUUUAAAUAGGAAAAGAGAGAGAGAGAGAGAGAGAAAACAAUACAAUAUAAGAGAAACAUGAGAUCAUUCACAUAUGCCAGCCUUGAUGCAAUUUACCACAGAUAAUUCAGAUCAUCAUGGUUGUUUAAUUGCUAAUUAGCUUUGUAAAAACAUUGUAUUAGAAAAGUUGAUUUUAUGCAUUCUAAUUAAAGAAAUAAAGGUAAUGUUAUAUCAAAAGUGUUUAUAAAAUGUAGGGAGGCUUUUUUUUUUAAUUAUUAUUCCUAAGCUCAUUUUUCAAGUUUCAUGACUUGUUAGUGUUUUUAAAAUAAAUUUGUUGAAAAACAUUAACAAACGGUUUAGGAUUGCUCUCAUUAACCACAAAGUGGAUUUGUUAGCCACAAAAAAAAAAAAAAAAAGUUAUAAAGGUGGAUCCAGAAAAUUCUCGCUUGCAAGCUCAAAGCCCUCUUUUUUAGGCCAUGUCUGAUCUGUCUUCUUCUAGACAAGUUGGACGCACCCCAAAGUUCCAAUAUCAAGGCCAUUCCCCGUUGUCCGUCCCAAAAAUAUCCAUUCCAAUCCCCUAAAAAGAAGCCGGUAUUAAGCGCCAGCUCGAAUCCCUAAAAAACGAAACCCUAACCCUAAUCAUAACCCUACAAAUUUGAACGCCUUCGGGAAUAGCAAUCCCUUCGUCUUCCCAAUGCACGGCUUCGAGCGGAGCUACCCUGACGGGCUCCGCCCCUACGACGGCGGCGCGGCGGACGCCGGCGGCCGGGGGCUGGAGAUCGUGAGCGGGAAGGCCUACAGCGCGGGCCAGACAAGCAUCUGCCGCCUGCCUCCGCCGCCGGGGGCACGGUGGCGGGCGGUCGGAGGCGGGGGCACCCUCACGUCGUCGACGACGUCGCCGUCGUCGGGGCCAGCGCCGUGGUGGGCCGCCGACGCGGAGGCGAAGCGGCGACGGAGGGUGGCGCGGUACAAGAUCUACGCGGUGCAGGGCAAGGUCAAGGCCUCGAUCCGCAAGACCUUCCGGUGGGUCAAGGCUCUCGUCCGGGGCUGGUGAGGGGGCGGAGGCCUUUUUGCCUUUAUUACGAUCGAAAUGACCUCCGGUCACCGGAGUUGAUGCCAGAGAUUGGGAUGGAUGGCGUGGGUGUAAUGUGGGGUGCUCUUUGCGGUCGUCUUGGAUUAUUUUACAGUGAUCGUCACAUUCUUUAAUUUAUUUGUUCGAUAAAUAUUUUAAAAUGUCCAUCUGCUUGGCGA